AUGGAAAUGUGGUAUUUCGUGGUACAAGGCCAAACAUAUUAUUUCGCUUCCAACAUACAACCUCCAUCUUUCGAUUUGUAUUACAUAACACCUCCUCAAAUUCAGAAUGUUAUUGGUGAAGUUUUAGGCUUUGGUGGGUUGGAUAUUGUUCAAUGUGCAAGAAAAGAAGUGACCAAAGCUAAGUUUACUCUAAGAGACAUAAAGUUCCAUGGUGGUGAUUACUCUCUUGGUAUGUACCAACCUAAUAUGGACAUGAUACUGAACCAACCUAUAAAGGACCAGAUUCUGAUCCAGGAAAAGCGACAAAAAGGGUCGCAGUAUCCAUUCCGAACCAUUCAAGAAAUGAAACGCGCGGAUAAGAUAGAAGUUGGAAUUGCUUGUGCAGGAUCAGCCUGGUCGAAGAACCAAAUUUUACCACCUGAAUUUGUGGAUAUCAUUGGCAAAACUUACAGUUUUGGUAUUUCUUAUGAUGAAGUUGAAAAAUAA